CCACCCCCUUCCCCGCAGCGCUUCGCACGAGCCUACAUCGCCGACUUCAACUCACAGCCAGACCUCGCCCGCUGUGUGGGCUGCGAUCCGGGUGACAUCCGGGACGUCACUGCAAAACUCCUUUGCAAAUAUUUCGCGGAUGGCAGACGGACUCCCCGGAGUCCACGGCUUCGCCUUCAGUUCACCCACGACUGCCUGUACCAUUCCUGCUCCGAUCCGGCCUGCGAGCUUUGCCGGCAGAGCCAGUACAGGCGGUGCAACCGGACCUUUGCCAGGAAGUAUCUGUCGGGGGAUGUGCUGAAGGCCACCUGCAACGCCAACAUCAAGGUCCAGGUCAUUGAUGAGGAGACCGAGCGUCCGGUGCACGAUGUCAGCCUGCUGGCCGGGCUGGAGCUGCAGUUCUUCGUCCUGGAUGGCAAGGUUGCUGAGCUGCAGGGCAGCCUUGAGUCCGGCACCGAUCUGGAGCCCUACAUGCUGCUCUUCAACCACCAGAAUCUCCCACUCCUCAUGGCGAGGCAGCUGGGCGCCGGCUCGGAUGGCUUCGUGCGGCUGCCCCUCAGCUCAGCCUCCCUGGCGCUGCCUGACCUGGCGGUGACCGGGUCCUCAGAGGCCCUGCUCAAAGGGCAGAAGCCGCCACUCAUCCUGGCAGCCCGGGCGGUGGACGCUGCGGGGAAGAUCGCGGAGCAGAUUCUCCCGAUCUUCUCGGAGGGAUUUGUGGUGGCAACCCCUCGGGUGCGGACCGCCGCCAAGAACGACAUUCCACAUUGCGAGGACAAUGUCUGCAAGAUCAAUGCGGUGGGGAAUGCGACGCAGACCAAGCUGAAGGACCUGGCCCGGGCUGCCGCAGAUGCGGGGAUCGGCAGCUUUGCGUUCCCUUUCCACAGCGUGAACAAGGUCCGGGAGCUCCAGGCUCUCAUGGUGUGGGCGGAGGAGAGCUUGGAGCGCUGCGACGCCACCAAGAAGAUCCUGAAGCUGACAAAAGGCUGGGAGGAGGCUCGGGAGCAUGUGUUCAAGGCCGUGGAGAGCGACACCCGGCUGCGGCUUUGGAGCAGCCUGCCCUCGGGCAGCCUGGUGGGCCUCCUCUUCCCUACCAGCGGCGCCACGCCCCUGCUGGACAGCCCCCUGGCCCUGGUGGAGGAGGGCCACGAGCGCGAGGAGGCAGGACCCGUGGUCCGAGCCGUCAUGCUGGGCAAGGGGGAGGGCGAGGUGUCGCUCGGCGCGGUGCGAGAGCUGCUGGCGGAGGCGCAGGCCUCCUGGUCUCGGCGCGGCCACCCCGGCUGGUCCAUGCUGCCCAUGGACAGCGAGAGCUUCUCCGCCUCCUGCUCCCGCCACAUCUCCAUCGUCCUCCCGCUGAGCCUGCUGGAGGGCGCGCGCCUGUGGCAGCUGGACAGCCUGGGCACGCUCCGCUCCGAGGUGCUGGGCGCGCCCCCGCACGACCCCGGCGCGGAGGGUGGGCUGUCGCCCGUGAACAAGCGGGCCCGGACGGGCCCCAUCAGGCCAGAGCCGCGCCUGGCCUCCAUCCCCAGCAACCCCCUGCUCCUGUCCAAGCUGCUGAGUCUGGGGCAGGCCGGGCAGGACCAGCUGCGCAACCUUUACUUGCCAUCAUUGUCCCGCCUGCUGGAUGGUAUGCCCAGCGGCCCCAACUUCCAGAUGAUCGAGCAGCCGCCCCUGGGGCUUGAGAGCCUGGCACCCCCCUCUCCCUCAAUCGACUACGCCGCCAUGCUCAGGCCCAGCAGCCAGGCGCUGGAGCAGCUGCUCAAAGCGGCGGGGCGCUUCGACUACGCCUCCCACCUGCUCGACCGGGACGGCGGCGGGCACCACCCCCACCACCCCCAGCAGCACCCCCACCAUGGGCGCGAGGAGGGGCGGCUGGGCAUGCCGCCGCUGGCGCUGCUGGGUGACCAGGGGCUCGACCCCGAGGUAGGGCCCCGCGAUCACGUGGCGACGGGGCCGGGGCUGGGCGAGGCGCAGGCCUCGGCGGAGCAGGAGCUGCUGCGCAACCUCAUAGACAUCACUCGGCGCUCGGAGCACGACGCGGGGCGCUGGGCGCCAGAGAGCCAGGGGGAAGCCGUGGGCUGGGGCAGGCUGUUGUCCAUGGAGACGCACCCGGAGUGGUCGCGGCCCGUCCAGGAAGUCCACACAACCAUGGGUCCGGUGCUGCGCCCAGACUAG